CGAUUUGGAUGAUCUGCUGCCACCAGCGGAGAUUCAAAAGAACUCAUCGAGAUCUUCCCGAGCGAUCGAUCGUGAGCGCGGUGAUAUGGCGACGGAUCGAGAGAAGGAGAGGGAGGCGGAGCUCGAGAGUGCAAUGUACACCAACUGCCUUCUCCUAGGCCUCGACCCCGCGGUUAUCGGCGGCGGCGGCAGCGGCGGCAGCGGCGGCGCCUCCCGGGUCGGACGCUUCCGUCACUCCAACCCUAGGCUGGGGGAGCAGCUUCUAUACUUUCUUCUCUCCGCACUUCGCGGCCCCGUUCAGUCCGCCAAGGAUUUCGAUAAGGUUUGGCCGAUCUUCGAUUCCACUCAGUCCCGUGAAUUUCGAAAGAUAGUACAAGGGAUAAUAAGCGACUUAGAGUCGCAAGGAGCUCUGCCGCGGAGUAGUUCUAGGGUCUCGUCUCUUGCAACAUGUUGCGGACCGAGAUUUGUUGAGCUUUUAUGGCAACUAUCUGUUCAUGCUUUACGAGAGGUUCACAAGAGAACAUUUACGGCUGAUGUGGCUUCUGACCCUUUACCACCGUCACUGACUGAUGCUUCAUAUCUGAAUGCUGCUGCACUACUUCCUGUGACCAAGGCUAGGAUAGCUCUAGAAAGGAGGAAAUUCCUUGAAAAUGCCAACAAAUCUGUUCAUAGGCAAGCUGCAUGGUCUGACUUAGCUCAUGAGAUGACUGCUGAAUUUCGUAGUCUAUGUGCCGAGGAGGCCUACUUGCAACAAGAGUUAGAAAAGCUUCAAGAUACGAGAAAUAAAGCUAAGUUGGAAGGGGAAUUGUGUGAUGAUAGAAUCUCCAGCUCUAGUCAGACCCCUCAUUUGGUCUCCAAGGCUACCCGACUUUGGGAAUCAUUGUUAGCUCGGCAGAGCCAACAUGAAGUCCUAGCUUCUGGUCCAAUUGAGGAUCUCAUAGCUCAUCGAGAGCAUAGGUACCGCAUCUCUGGAUCAUCUUUGCUUGCAGCCAUGGAUCUAAGUUCAAAUCUCCCACAUUCUGAUGUACUAUCAGUUCAUGAUCUUGAGGCAUCUUCUGCAUUAGUUACUCAAGGGAAAAAGGACUCGUAUCAAAUACAAGAGCAGAGUGAUGCUCUUCCUAAGAUGGAUGAUAGAAGCGGAAGAGUUCAUCCUACAGUUGAUGUAGCUGAAGUUCUAAGGCGUUGGACUCAUGCUCUACAACGUAUACACAAGCAGUCACUUAAUUUGGUGAAAGCUAAUGAUGGGGAGGGUCCUGAUAUACUUUAUAAUGCUUCCGAUGGCUGUAGCGGUGGGCAUGCAGAGUCAUUAGCUGCUACUCUUGCAGAACAUCGGCAGCAUUUGGUUAGCAUACAGGGACUCAUUGAUCAGCUAAAUGAAGCAAUUCCGACGAUGCAGCAGUCAAUUUCUGAGCUCACGGAAGAAGUAAAUAAUAUUUCUACAUCAGUAGAUGGAUUUGGUGCACAUUCAACCACUAUCCCAAGCGAAAGUAUCGGCAGACCCCUAGAAAGCAUCGGUGAUGACGUUGCUGACAUCACUUCAAAACUCUCCUCUACCCACCUUGAAAAAUGUUCAAAUAGUCCUACUCUGAAACUUCCUCAUUUGUUCAACGUAACUCCAAAUUCAUCAGCAAAGGGUACCCACGCGACCAAACGCCGUACUGCAACACUUCCAGUGCACCAACAAAGUGUGCCAGCUCAGAAGGCAGCUACAACUAAACAUCCAAGUGAUACAGACGGGGAAUCAAAAGAGAGUGCUGAUAAAUAUGCCCAGAACAUUAGACGUUCUGUACGUGAAGCUGCUCUAUCAAGCUUGUCGAGCAAAUCAGUGUUCCAAGAUCGAAGUAAUGAUGAUGGCUCGGAGCACUUCUUUAUUUCUCUACCAACGGAUGAUUGUUCAACUAAUCAGAUAAAACAACAAUUCAUUUCUUCUACACCAGAAUCUCAAACUUUGCAGGGCAAGUUAAAUUGGCACAAAGAGUGCACGAACAACUGUAGCCUAUCAGAUACAUCCCAAGAUGGCACCUUGGAUCAAGUUUUCUCACCUCCAUUGCUACUGGAAUCGCCCUUCUACCAGGAUGCCUAUGAGGAUUUGCUCGCACCAUUGUCUGAAACCGAUGCUGCUCUCAUGGAGCAUUAGAUUAGGGUCAAGACCUUAAGAAAUCAUCUUAACGGAUGAAGCCAAAGCUACAAAUUCAACAAUUUGUUUGAGGGCCAACAUGAACGGAUUCGAUUCAUUAGUCAGAUACAAUCCAUAUGUACAAGCUAGAAGCAGAAUAGACCAACUGAAAAGGCUAGGUCACAGUGUGGAUAAG